AUGAAGUGGCUGUUCCUUCUGUCGGUGCUGGCCUUCGUCAGCGGAGAGGAGACCUGCCUCUCCGUGCUAGAGGAACCUUACUUCCUGUUCGGCACGAAGACUGCUUACACUUUCGCUAACAGGGUCAUCCCUACAGCAAGAACUCAUGAUAUACCUGGUUGCCAACCGAUUGCCUUCUGGCUACUGAACCGACAUGGCUCUCACAAACCUGAGGCGAAUGAAGUAGUGGAACUGCAGAAACUAGGGGACCUCAAAAACAAUAUCGUCACCAACUACAGAAAUGGCAACUUUAGGAAUACUAAUCAACGUAUGUGCUCAUCAGAUCUCAACCUACUGGAACAAUGGCGAUGGGACGACCGACAUAACCUGACGUUUGCUGGAGACCUCACUUCUGACGGGUAUAUGACAACGCAGCAGUUUGCACAAGCCUGGAAGCAAAGGUUCCCUGGACUUAUGACAUCUAACAGCCAGAACUAUUUGUUCAAGUUCGUAAAUGAUCAGCGUUCAAGCAACACAUUCAAGUCGUUCACUGAAGGUCUUUUCGGAGACCAAGCAGAGAGCCUCGAUAUACCCAAAGAAAAUGAUGAAAAAUUGCUUAGGCCAUUCAAGUUCUGCCCAGCUUGGAACAAGAGCGUCGGAGAGAACAAUGACACGGUGUCACAACUUAACAUCUUCGAAUCCAAGUUGGAGUUUAAAGAGAUGAUCAGUAACAUCUCUCUUCGCCUAGGCUUCAACUAUGAUAUUCAGAAGGAGAUCGUUCUCCGCAUCUACGAGAUGUGUCGCUACAACAAGGCGUGGGAUGUCAGCAAGAUAUCGCCUUGGUGUGCUGCCUUCACCAACGAAGACCUAAAACGCCUGGAGUACGCAGAAGACUUAGAUACGUACUAUAGAUACGGCUACGGGUCUCCAAUGAACAAGGACGUUGGAUGCACCUUCGUCAAGGAUAUGAUGACCUUCUUCGAGAAACAUGUCACCAAUAACAACCAGUCGCCUCUAAACCCUCGCGCGACGAUCCACCUCACCGAAGCAGCGAUGAUGCUGAUGACUCUAACAGCGAUGGGCGCCCACCAAGACUCCGCCCCCCUCACUGGAGACAACUACCACUCCGCCGUGGUACAGUCCAGGAAAUGGACCACUUCUACCAUGACUCCAUUCAAUGCUAACUUAGCUGCUGUACUAUACAAAUGCACACAAAACGGCAACUUCCAAGUGAACGAAGAAUAUCAGGUACUAUUCCUAGAGAACGAGCGACCAAUGAACUUGCCAGGCUGUAGAGUCGGGCUCUGUGAUUGGUCACUCAUCAAGAGCCGUUACGGGGACCUUACGAAAAACUGCGACCUCAAAUUUUGUAAUUCCGGUAACAAUUUGAAUGGUUUAACUGGCAUCAGUAUUGCUAUCCUUGGUUUUAUAGUUAGCUACAUUAUCAGGAUAUAA